AGUGAAAGGAAGGAGGAGCAAUUUAUAAGAGUCCAAAAUCUUUUAAUUUCCUCCAAAAAAAAAAAAACACUAGCCACGUGCCGAAGAUUUAUAAUUUCCUUUUCUUUAAAGGAAAAAUCAAUUAUGGAAAUUGUGUUGCCUUCCUUCAAGAAACAAAAAAAUUCAAAUAUGAUAAGAAAUUAAGGCAAACACAUAAGCGAAACCAAUCCAUAGUGGAGUGAUGGUAGCCUUAUUUGACACUUCUUAUUUAUUGAGGAAGUCUAGACAAACCGCGUGCUUAAUGACUUGAUUGUUAGACAAGUCUCCUCUGACUGUGACCAAAAAAAAAAAAAAGUCUUACCAUGAUUAUCCUGUAGUACUUACUACCACAUGACCUUAAUUUAUGCUAUGCAUCUUUCAUGUACACAUUUGGUGCAGCCAUGCAACUGCAACAUUAUUCUUUUCUCCUACUUUUUGUGAUCCUUACAUGUUUAUCUCUCUGUAUCCAUCAGUCUCUUGGAGUUGAUAUGAUAUCAGUAAAUCACUCUAUUUCUGGAAACCAAAGUAUUGUCUCUCCAGGUGAAAAUUUUGAGUUAGGAUUCUUCACGGCAGGUGAUUCGAAAAAGUAUUAUCUUGGUAUAUGGUACAAGAAUGUAAUUAAACAAUACGUAUGGGUAGCAAACAGGGAGAAGCCACUUUCUGGUACUGAUAUGUAUUCUUCCGAAUUGAAAAUUUUAGAUGGAAAUUUAGUGCUUAUUACUGCAUCCAAAAACUUGUUCUGGUCCACAAAUAUCAGCAAUACAAUUAUCUCAAAUACUCUAGUGGGAAUUCUUUCAGAUGAUGGUAAUUUUAUUUUGAGUGAUGGAUCAAAUUCAGCUCCUCCACUUUGGCAAAGCUUCGAUCAUCCGACUGAUACAUGGUUGCCGAAUGCUAAAAUGAAGUUUGACAAGCGUGCGAAUACAGCGAAUAUUCUUACCUCUUGGAAGAACUCAGAGGAUCCUUCUCCGGGGAUUUUUUCCGUCAAGAUGGAUCAGAGCAAUAGGCAGUUCCUGAUAAAGUGGAACAGGACUGAGAUUUACUCAGCUAGUGGAAGUUGGAAUGAGCACACUUUCAACUUGACGCCUGAGAUGAGUUUGAAUUCGGAGAAAUACGAGUUUACCUAUGUUGAUAAUGAAAACGAGAGCUAUUUUAUGUAUUCCCCCCGUAAUUCUUUCAAAAUUAGAUUAACACUAGAUGUCUCUGGGCAAAUCAGGCAUCUGAUUUGGGCGGAGAACUUGACGGAAUGGCAACUUUUUACAUCUCAACCAAGACAACCGUGCGAGGUUUAUGCUAGUUGUGGUGCCUUUAGCAUUUGCAAUAAGGAGUCCAAGGCCUUCUGUAAUUACUUGUCUGGGUUCACGCCUAGAUCCGAUGCAGAAUGGAACUUGAAUGAUCAUUCCGGUGGUUGUGUAAGGAAGAUGAGCUUGCAGUGUGUUGAUGGUAAAAUGAAGGGGGGGUUUUUGAUGAAUCCAAACGUGACAUUGCCCAAACCGUCUCCAACUGUGCCAGCUGCUAGUGCGGAGGAAUGUCAUUCUAUUUGCUUGAGUAAUUGUGACUGUAAUGCGUAUGCUUAUGAUAACAAUGCAUGUUCAAUUUGGAACGAGCUGUUGAAUCUGAAGAAACUUUCACCAGAAGAUGGUGUUGGAAGUGUGAUUUAUACCAGACUUGAUGCCUCUGACGAAGCAUACGGUGAAGAUGCAAAAUCAAGGAAAAUUCCCCUGAAGAUUAAAGUUAUCACAUCUGUGGUGGCAGUCGUUGCAACUCUACUUCUAUGUAGCUUUAGUUACAUUUGUUAUAGCAGAAAGAUAGCAAAGAGAAUAGCAAACAAACAAAGCACAGAAGGGAAUCCAAUGCCACAUAGGUUCAACAGAGAAAGAGAAGCACGAAACCUGAUUAACGAAAAUGAUAAGCAAGACAUCGCUGUUCCAUUCUUUAGUUUGGAAAACAUAUUAAUAGCCACAGAUAAUUUCUCAGAUAUAAAUAAGCUUGGACAAGGAGGAUUUGGUCCCGUUUAUAAGGGUAUAUUCUCAGUUGGACAAGAAAUUGCUGUGAAAAGGUUAUCAAGCCAAUCUAGACAGGGCAUUGACGAAUUCAGGAACGAAGUCAUGCUGAUUUCCAAACUUCAACAUAGAAAUCUAGUCAGACUUUUAGGGUACUGUAUCACAGGGUAUGAACAGAUUCUACUUUACGAGUAUAUGCCAAACAAAAGUCUAGACACCUUCAUAUUCGAUCCAAGACGUAGCAAGUCAUUGAAAUGGAAAAAGCGAUUUGAUAUCAUAAUGGGAAUUUCUCGAGGGCUUCUCUAUCUUCAUGAAGACUCAAGGCUCAGAAUUAUUCAUAGAGAUCUGAAAACAAGUAACAUACUUUUGGAUCAAGAAAUGAACCCAAAAAUAUCAGACUUUGGCUUGGCAAGGAUAGUUGAAGAAAAAACAACAGAAGCAAAUACCAACAAAGUGGUUGGAACUUACGGAUAUAUGUCUCCUGAAUAUGCAUUGGAGGGGGUAUUCUCAAUUAAGUCAGAUGUAUUCAGCUUAGGAGUAGUUAUACUGGAGAUAAUUACUGGAAGGAGAAACACAGGAUUUUAUCAAUCUAAAGAAGCUUCAAACCUUUUGGUCCAUGCAUGGAAUUUCUGGAAAGAAAAAAGGGCACUACAUUUGUUGGAUCAUUCAUUGCUCGAAUCAUGCAACCCAAAAGAAGCAAUGAAGUGCAUAAACGUUGGGCUGUUAUGUGUGCAAGAAGAUCCAGGCGAUCGUCCCACCAUGUCAAAUGUAGUGAUGAUGCUUCGUAGUGAAAGUACGUCUCUUCCAAAGCCUAAUCAACCAGCUUUUGUGUCAAGGAGAAAUGUUUCUAAUUCAUCUUGUGUUUCAACUGGUAAACCACACAGCUCCUCCAACAUUGAGUUGACAAUCACAGAGGAAGAAGGCCGAUAGUGUGACGAAUUUCAAAUGAACUUAGACGCUUAUAUUCUCCACAUGAAAUAUCAUUCCACCUUAGAUCAAAAUAAAACACUGGAAGCCAUACCUUUUUCUAUUACCCCUUUUUGGUUGUUUAGGCAGUAGCAGAUAUAGGAACACUGGCAAUGUUUAUAGCGACGACCAGUAUAUAUAUGUGUAUGCUUAGUAUUA